AUGUAUUAUUCCAUUUCUUUGAUUUUAGCUGGUUGUCAGUCUAACACAUCAUCCCGCCAGUGUCUCGCUCCCGAAGAACCUGUGACGUGCAAAAGUCGUUGUGCUCAGGCCCAGCAAAAAUGCUUCAACCUGUCUCUCACUUAUAUUGUCAAGAAACUUUAUGGGCCUUGUUUACAGAAGAAGCCAGUCAAGGUGUUUACCAUUUUGGUGUAUGUCUUUAUCUCAAUUGUUGGUCUCUAUGGUGCCAUGCAAGUCAAAGAUGGUCUUGACCUUACAGACAUUGUACCACAUGGAACGGCAGAGUAUAGCUUCUUGGAGGCAAAAUCCAAAUACUUUGGAUUUUAUAAUUUCUUUGCAGUUACCAAACAUAUACGUUCAAUAUGUGAUGAAUUUGAGGAAAAAGGUCUUCCGAACUAUCCUCAUGGUGUACCUUUCACUUAUUGGGAACAGUACUUACAUCUACGAACAUAUUUGAGUUUAUCUGUUGUCUGCAUCCUUGUAGUCACGUUCCUUGCCAUUGCAAUCAUCCUCAUUAAUCCUUGGAUGAGAUAUCUCUGUACUGUUCUUCUCUUUCUUCUCCCUUUUCCCCUCAUACACACAUAUUCCUUUCUUACUCCCACCCCAUCAUUUUUGUUCCCCUUCCUUGAAAGUUUACUCUGA